AUGGUGACUUCGUUUUUCUCCUCGUUGAGGAGCACUCAGCUGUUGCUGAUUGGAAUUGUUGGGCUAUACAUCAUCAACACCGUGACAGCAGAAGAGACCUCUUUCUUCAAAUCAAGACCCGAUAUUUACCCACCAGUCUUCAAAGUCGAAAAGUCCGAUCCCAAUAAGCUAAGCCCAGGCUACAUCUUCAUCACGCCAUAUGAGCUUCAAAACCCCGGACCUUACAUUUUCGACAGCACAGGGGAGUUAGUAUGGAGCGGCUGGGGUAUCUCAGGCCCGGGGAAUGCCCAUGGCCUCCACGUGUGCCAGUAUAACGGCGCCGAUCAUCUAUGCUUCUUUCAAGGAAAUCAGCAAAAGGGAUACUGUCGCGGGCAUGGCAUCAUCAUGGACAAAAACUAUCGAGUGGUGCGAUCCAUACAGCCAGGCGGAGGGAUGGCAUCUAGCGACAUGCAUGAGUUCCGUCCGAUCAAUGGCGGAAAAACCGCCUUGAUGACUAUCUAUCAACAACGACAAUUCGAUAUGACGCCAUGGAACGUUAAGACUGGAGUUGGAUGGCUUAUGGAGAGUGUCUUCCAGGAAGUCGAUGUGGAGACCAACAAAGUUCUUUUUGAAUGGAGGUCCCUUGAUCAUGUUGACCCGUCCGACAGUUAUACUUGGCCGUCUCAUACUGAUACUUCUGGCACCGGCUUGAAUGUGCAUGAACCUUGGGACUAUUUCCACAUCAACUCCAUCGACAAGAAUGCAGACGGUGACUAUUUGAUUUCGUCACGUCAUACCUGUGCCAUAUACAAGAUCUCUGGCAAAGAUGGUUCCGUUAUUUGGCGACUUCACGGCGCUCAGCCCAGCUUCCGCAAUAUCAACUUCAGCUUCUCCCAGCAACACGACGCGAGAUUCCUAUUCGAGAACGCUACACACACUCUCAUCUCGCUUUACAACAAUGGCUACAAUGGUUUCAACAAAACACACACCUACUCAUCUGGCAUGAUCAUUUCAAUCGACCACGUGGAAAUGACGGCCCUUCAGCUUCGCAACUAUGCCCCAAUCUCGACUGACUUGGUGAGCUCCAGUCAAGGAAACUUGCAGAUGUUACAAAACCACAAUGUCUUCAUCGGAUGGGGCAACAAUCCAUUUGUGUCAGAACACGACGAGGCAGGCAAUCUUCUGUUCUGGGGCGCCUUUGCCAAGGAUACAGUGAUGAACUACCGCGCCAUGAAAUUUGAAUGGGACGGGAUGCCAACAGACUCUCCUGCUCUUUGGUCAUAUUCACGGACAGCCGAUCCCUUCUCACCAACAAGCUUCUAUGUAAGCUGGAACGGCGCGACCCGCGUGAAGCAAUGGAAAUUCUACGGCGCGAUGAACAUGACUGGGCCCUGGACCUUGCUGGACAAGGUCAACAAGACGGGAUUCGAGACUGAGUAUACAAAUGCCAGCUUCUAUCUAUGGUCCAAGGUCGAGGGUCUGGAUCAUGAAGGCAAUGUACUCGGCAAGUCUGAGACCAAGUACACGUUUGUGCCGUCAGCGGAGCUCCGCGAGUUCUGCGCCGAUUCAACCUGCCUUGACGCACCGGGAUACGGCUUCCCGGGUGAAGAGGCAGCUCGACCGUUCAUUCCGCCUAUUGGAGUGAACACUGUGCCCUGGAUUGAUCCGGAUAACCCGGGAUCAAAUAUUUGGAUCAACCCCUCUGGAUAUCCACACUCCUCGGGGACUCUCAAGUACUCGAGCGGGUGGGACUUUGGCCGUCUACUUGCUUGGGGUUGUGUUCUUGUUGUGACGAUUCCUGCUUUCGCUGGAAUCUACCUCUUCUACCGAUAUUACAUGCGAAAUUCUCAUUCCAGAGCACAGGACCAGGAGUCUUCCGAGCCGUUGAAUGGCAUGACUGAGCGGAAACGUUCUGAAACCACUACUAGUCUGCCCUGGUGGAACUGGCGCAGGUGGAACGGAGAGCGCGAACCCCCCCCACCACGUCUCUCUCGGCGGGCGGAGUUCACAGGACCAUGA